GGUCAUUCUCCAUUCAGCAGCAGCAACAACACCAGCAGCAUGGCCAUCCGCUGUCAAUUCGAAAACUCCAACGAGAUCGGAGUCUUCUCCAAGCUCACCAACUCGUAUGCGCUCGUGUGUGUGGGUGGGAGCGAGAACUUUUACUCGACGUUCGAAGCCGAGCUCGCCGACCACAUCCCCGUGAUCCAUUGCUCCAUGGCGAGUUGCCGCUUCAUCGGCCGCGUGUCCGUGGGCAACAAGCGCGGCUUGCUGCUUCCCAACUCGACCACAGACCAGGAAAUGCAGCACAUUCGUAACGCGUUGCCCGACUCGGUCGUCGUCCAGCGCGUGGAAGAGCGCUUGAGUGCGCUCGGCAACGUCGUCGCAUGCAACGAUCACGUCGCGCUCGUGCACACGGAUUUGGACCGCGAAACCGAAGAGAUCAUCGCCGACACGCUGGGCGUGGAAGUGUUUCGUCAGACAAUUGCGGGCAACGCACUCGUGGGCAGCUACUCGGUGUUGUCGAACCAGGGGUGUCUCGUGCAUCCUCGCACGACUGUAGAUGACCAGGAAGAACUCAGUUCGCUGCUCCAGGUACCCGUGGUCGCAGGGACGGUGAACCGAGGGAGCGACGUGCUGGGCGCCGGCAUGGUUGUGAACGACUGGACGUCGUUUUGCGGACUCGACACAACGUCGACGGAAAUCUCGGUCGUCGAAAGCAUCUUCAAGCUGCAGAAUGCCCAACCCAACGCGAUUGCCAACAGCUUGCGCAGCGCUUUGAUCGACUCGAUGACUUAAGCACUAUGUACAAACUAAUCUACUGCGUUCUAUAACUACUCACACACAUUCAGGUUACGAAGUACAU